GUUAUCAACUGUUAUUACCUUUCAAUCGUUCUAUUUUCGGGCAAUAAUAAUUUUAUAUUAUGCUGCCACAUAGCAUUCUCACUUUCUUUAAUAUUAUAUUGUUGAAAACUUUAACCACUGGUUUAUACAAAGCUACAGCCUCUAAACAAAAAAGCUGCUCAUUUGAUGGAUUUAUCGCACCUAAUUGUCGAGAUUGUGAAAAAUUAUCUUCUCUGAAUGUAACAGAUUUACCUUAUAUAAGGUGCAAAGAAUGUUGUCUAAGUGAUAUCAAAGAAGAUUCUUCAAUUAAGUUAUAUCGAUCCGCUCAAUUAGUCAUUUGUGGAUGAAAAAUUCGAAGUUUUCCUCAGAUUCAAGCCUUCAUACAAAGUGACCCGGUCCAAAAAUAUCCUUCCCUUGAAAUAAUCUACGAGAGAGGGGCCGACCCUACCCUGAAGUUAGUUGAAAUGGACGGAACUGUCAAAAGUUUUGGCAUUGAGGCCUGGACCACCGAUAAACUCGAAACCUUUUUGCUCGCCCACAUUGGUGCAGGUAAUAUACUUGAUUCGGCGGAAGAGACUGAAGAGAAGACGGAACUGUAAAUAGGUAUUCUUAACGAGGAAAAUUAUAAAACAUGCUUGAUUCAAAUUCGAGAGAGAAAAAAACUUAUGACGAUAUGAAGACCGUACAAAAAUUUAUUUUAUUUUCUUCUUUUUUUCCUACUUGUUAGAAAAUCAGAGAAACGGUCCUCCAUCUGACCCAAUCCACUUUUUUUUUCUUGAAUUGAAUGAUAAUGGAUAUUAUUUAUUAUAUAAAAAUUUAUGAAUUAUAUUUUAUCCUAGAAGCAUUGAUUUGAUUUAUAAAAUACCUAACAGUUUAUUUAACAUUCUAUAUGCAUAUAUUUUGUUAAUAAUUAAUGU